UUUGUUUACCACUGUUGAAACUGACAGAUCACAAAACUCUGAAUCUUUUCUGUCUUGCUUUUUGUUUAAAAAUUGUUCGAUUUUGAUUUGCAUUUUGAAUAUAAAAAAUUUGUUAGAAAUAAUUGCAUUUUAUAUAAACGCUUAUCAUAAUGUCUAAAAAACAAAUAGAUAAUGCAGAAAAACUCAAGAAGAAACUCAUUCAAGAACAACAAAAACGAAUCAGGCCUGGCGAGUGUCUCAAGUAUAUCCGAGCCGUUAUAGACGAGGAUGUUCUCCAUCCAGAUGUGGGUCAUUCUUUGUUGGGGUUAUUAACUGAUUCAACUGUAUCCCACGUUCUAAGGAAAAUUAAAUCCUCCCGAACAAUCAUGUGGGAGCGUAAUGUUGGCCAACAAAUAUUUAAUCCAAUAGAAGACAACAACUUGCAGCUGUACAAUUUAAGUGAUAAAUACGAAUCAGAACCCCAACUUCUACGAGUAUUCAGCGGCAAGGAGUUCCAUGAAUCUAUAGAAGAUAAGUCAAUUCAUGAAACUAUGAGAAAUGUUAAAGCUAAUUUCUCAGAUAUGAAAUUAUCUUUGGUGGUUGUUGGUGUCUUGCCAAAGUGUAAAAACACCCUUGAGAGAGAAACAGCCUUUGUAGAGUUGCAAAUCCUUUACGAAUGCAGCGUCCUGUUCGUAAACAAUACACAAGGAUUAGCUGAACUUUUAGUGAGAUUUACAAAGGCUGUUGCAGAAAUACCAUACAGAAAACAGAAAUCAUCAGUAGCAGCUAGUUCAAAUCAAUAUCUCUUAAAUGACAAUAAAGACUGUGUUCGGGUUGAAGGUAGCAAUGGAUUGGGUAGACUUUGGCAACAACAUCUCAAUAGGUUGCCAUUGGUAACUUUAGAUGUUGCUCAGUCAAUUCAAAAUAAGUAUUCUUGCCCGAAGAAACUAUUCGAAGAAUUCAAUAAACCAGAUGGUCAAACUUCUUUAGCUGACUUAAAAAUCAGUCGGGGGAUAGUACCGCUUGCUUCUGAAAGACGCAUCGGAGAAGUUCUAAGCAAAAAGUUGUACACUUUGUAUAAUAGCAUGGAUCCGAAUGAGAUCAUAUAAUGAUGGCUUUCUUUUUAUUUGUGUAGUUUUAAGAAAAAUUAAAUAACUUAUAUAGAAAAAUA